AUGGUGCAGGAGCUGGGGGCGCAGGAGGUGGGGGUGCAGGAGCUGGGGGUGCAGGAGGUGGGAGUGCAGGAGCCAGGGGUGCAGGAGGUGGGGGUGCAGGAGCUGGGGGUGCCGGAGCUGGUGUAUACAGGUGACAGCUUCGCGGUGAGCGCUGCCUGGGCCCGGAAGGGCAUUGAGGAGUGGAUCGGGAGGCAGCGCUGCCCAGGCGGCUCCGGACCCCGACAGCUGCGGGCGGCGGGCACUGUCGGCAGAGGAACCCGGGAGCUGGUGGGCGAGGUCUUCAGAGAAAUGCUCAGCGAGGAGGAGGAGGAAGACUUUCGACUGGAAGUGGCCCUGCCCCCCGAGAAGACCGAUGGGCUGGCCAGUGGAGAUGAGAAGAGGAUGGAGAAGCUGAGCGAGUCCUGCCCGGGCUCCAAGAAGCAGCUGAAACUGGAAGAGCUGCAGUGUGACGUGUCCGUGGAGGAGGACAGCCGGCAGGAGUGGACCUUCACCCUGUAUGACUUUGACAACAACGGGAAGGUCACCCGUGAGGACAUCACCAGCCUGCUGCACACCAUCUACGAGGUGGUGGACUCCUCCGUCAACCACUCCCCGACGUCCAGCAAGACGCUGCGGGUGAAGCUCACCGUGGCCCCCGACGGGAGCCAGGGCAAGAAGAGCAUCCUCCUCAACCACCCCGACCUGCAGAGCACCAGGCCCAGAGCGGAGACCAAGCCGGCGGAGGAGCUGCGAAGCUGGGACAAGAAGCAGCGAGCCCCCCUCAGGUUCCAGGGGGACAGCCGUCUGGAGCAGCCGGGCUGCUACCACCAUUGCGUGGAUGAGAACAUUGAGAGGAGAAACCACUAUUUAGACCUCGCUGGGAUAGAGAACUACACGUCCCAGUUCGGGCCUGGCUCCCCGUCCGCGGCCCAGAAGUCAGAACUGCCCCCCCGCACCUCCAACCCCACGCGGUCUCGCUCCCACGAGCCCGAAGCCGUCCACGCGCCCCACCGAAAGCCCCCAGGCGCAGACCCAGGCUCCUCCCACGGCCUUGACACCCCGUUCGCCAAGGUCCCGGAGGCCCAGCAGCGGCUCCGGGGCGCCCAGGAGGGGAGGAAGCACUUUGACGGCCAGGCCGGCCAGGCGGUCCAGAGACACGAGCACCACCACCACCACGAGCACCACCACCAUUACCACCACUUCUACCAGACAUAGGCCCCGGCUGCCGCCACGCCAAGGACCCCCCCCCCAGGCCUUCUUAUUCUAUUAAUUAUUGUUAUGAUGACUAUUGUUAUUAAUAAUUAUUGUUACUCCACUAAUAUUCAGCUAGCCUCCGUGUAGAAGAUGUAUGGCCACACAGGACUAAACCUUAUUUAUAUGCCGUGGGGACUGCGUCACUCGCCCGAGACGGGGCUCCGGGCUCCCUCGGGUUCCCAGCUGUGGUUUCUCGCAGACCCACGCCCUUCCCAGCCCCCUGCCCCUCCCCCGGAGCCCCGGGCCGGAGCCCUGCCACGCUCCCAUGGCUCCCAGGAGGGCACCCUUUCCGCCGGCUCCCAGAAACCCUCGAAAUCUCUCUGAGAAGAUACACAGCUGCUACCUCUUAGUAUUAUUCCCGUUCCCUUCUGCCCUGGACUGAUGGUAACGCGCCCCAAGGAUCUCCGCGGACAGCGGGUCGCCGGGCCGCCUCCCGGCUGCUGUGUGUGUGUCCCAGCCCAGGGCCUUCGCUGUCCUUCCUGCGGGAUCGUUCCCAGUGCGGUCACGCCUCGCCCGCCCGGACCGCGGCCGUCUUCUCUGCCCGCACAACCCGAAGACACGCGUCUCCGUCCCUCCUCCUCCUCCUCGCUUCUUUAGAAAGAUACGCACACAGUUAAAGACUGCCCCGAAGCCAGACUCCUCGUUCUGGAAACCUCCGAGAGGGAACCGGCCACAUCAGCCAUCGUGGCUUCCCCAGGCCAGGCAGCGGGGGAAGAUGCGGGAACCUCGAGUUCUCCCCUCGGCAAGAAUCCACGCGGCCGAAGCGGUUCCCUGACGGCUCUGUAUCUAUAGCUAGACGCCACCUGUCCAUGUCGAUGUAUCUUUCUAUAAAUAUACACUCUCAGGUACCUUC